CCCACACGCUCACGCCUUCCUCGCCCACGCCACCAGACGAACCACCACCUCGCCUCGCCCAUGGCCGGCGGCGACGACGCCCAGGACCACGCCGCCACCGAGGACCCGCCGCAACGCGCCCCGGACCCCUUCCUCCGCUUCCUCAUCCCGGCCCCGAAGCCGCGCCGGGCCGCGCCCACCGCGCUUCUCCAGCCGCCGCACCGCCUCAUCGCGCCGCCGGAGCUGGUGAUGCGCCCCGAGGAGCGCCUCUUCAUCGUCCCGCCCACGCGCCCCGACUGGCUCCCGCCUCCUCCCCGCAGUUACCAGCAUUCUCCCUCCUCCUCCUCCUCGACGGGCGCGGUGGCGCGCCCACGCCCGCCCGUCCCGCCGCCGCCGCCGCCGCCUUCUCCCUCCCGCCGUUACCAUUCUUCUUCCCCCUCGCCGCGCCCGCGCCCCCGGCCGCCCUUCCCGCCGCCCACGAACGACCCCUGGGCGCGCAAUGCGGGCCGCUUCGCUCGGCAGUUCGCUGGUGUGCAUGUCAACGGCAAUGCGAGGCGCGGCAGGAGCCCCGUCGUCCCGCUCCCGCACGACGGCGGAGCCCGCUUCCUCCCCGUCCCACUCCCGCACGACGUUGGUUUCCAGAGGCCCAAGGCGGCGGCGGCGGCGCCGCACAAGGAGAAGGAGAAGAAGGCGUGGGUCGCCGUGCAGAGGAAGGCCGAGAGUGGUGCGCGUGACGAGGAUCGCGCCGCGGCGCUCAGCGAAGGAUACUCCGGUGGGGACGAGGGGAGCGUUGAAGCCGAGGACGUACUCCAACCACAGGGCAAGGGCGAGCAGCAGGAGGACGACGAUGCUAACCGUCGCCUGCUUCUCAUUGACCAGCAAGACGACGACGUCGAGAGUUCUCUGCCCACGGAUGGUACUCUGGACUGUUCCGGCCGCGCCGGCGGCGGUGAUCGGCCAAGCGAGGUCACGCCUGGACCGGAUCAAGUUCCACGCCUGCAGGGCAGAAUGCGCAGGCCAGAGGCGGAAUGCCGCCACGACAUCGACACCUUCACGCCUGGCUUGCUCGCGCUCUACGAGUCCCUGAAGCCAUCAGAAGAGCACAGGUCCAAGCAGAAGCAGCUCGUGGACUCCCUCGCCAAGUCUGUCAGCAAAGAGUGGCCCAAUGCUCAGAUGCAUCUCUACGGAUCGUGCGCCAAUUCGUUUGGAACGUCGCACAGCGACGUGGAUGUCUGUCUCGAGAUGGAAACUGGCACCCAGGACGCGAUUGAGGUUCUUGUGAAAUUGGCAGAUGUGUUGAGGACUGACGGUUUCGAGAACGUGGAGGCAAUUACCAGUGCUAGAGUUCCGAUCGUAAGGAUGUCGGAUCCAGGAAGUGGUUUCUCAUGUGACAUAUGCAUCAACAAUCUCCUCGCUGUUGCCAACACAAAGCUUCUGAAGGAUUACGCUCAGAUAGACCAGAGGUUGCUUCAGCUGGCCUUUCUUGUGAAGCAUUGGGCCAAACAGAGAGGCGUGAACGAAACAUACCGUGGAACGCUCUCUAGCUAUGCGUAUGUUCUUAUGUGCAUCAACUUCUUGCAGCAAUGCGAGCCAAAGAUUCUACCAUGCCUGCAGGCCAUGGAGCCAACAUAUAAACUGACCGUUGACGGCACUGAAUGCGCCUACUUCGACAAAGUUGACCAACUCCAAGGUUUCGGCGCUGACAACAAGGCCAGCGUCGCCGAAUUGCUGUGGGGGUUCUUCCACUACUGGGCGUCCCAGCACCACUACAAGCGCGACGUCAUCUCCGUCCGCUUGGGGAAGACAAUCAGCAAGCAGGAGAAGAGGUGGACGACUCGCGUCGGGAACGACCGCCAUCUGGUGUGCAUCGAGGACCCGUUCGAGGUCAGCCAUGAUCUCGGCCGUGUGGUUGACCGGCAGACGAUCAGGAUCCUCAGGGAGGAGAUGGAGCGAGCCGCCGUCGUGCUGCAGCACGACGACGACCCCUGCGUCACUCUGUUCGAGCCCUACGGUUGUGAAAACUGAUUGAUUUGUUGAUUGAUCGGCAUGGCCGCAUGGGAACUGAGAACCCGGUUGCUGCUGCUUGAUGUCUGCUUAGUUGUCUGAACUGCACAUAAAUAAGGCCUGUCAAAACCAAAAAAAUUUCGCGAACUAAACAAAGCCUAAGGCUUCAGAUGAUAGUAAAAAAUUGUGAAGAGAACUGAAAUGAUAUCUCGUC